AUGCUUUUUGAACCUGAUAUAAUGAAUAGGUAUCAACAAUUCUCAACCUAUUAAACAUAAAACAUGAAGGUGAUGGAAGUUCUUAACACUGCACUUUUUGAAAGAGCAUUAUUGGAAGGCUCAUAUGCUUAAAGUUUGGAUCAAUUAGCUAAAAUAUUAGAUCUUAAUGAAGAUGGCAUAAUAAAUGACGACAUAAUCGACAUAGUCUAAGCUUAUAGGAGUGUAAUUUUAUGCGAAAAGGAGUAAGCUGAAUACUUGAAGGAAUCUUAUAAAAACGAUGCUUUGGUUGUAUUGAAAGACCUGCUCGCUAAAUAACAUGAUGGAGUUUCAAAAAUCGAGAAUACUUGCAGACUCUUAGAUAAGCAACUCAAAUCUAAUGUCAAUAAUUUAUCUAGAAGAGCCAAUCGAUAUAAAUAAAGCAUCAUUGAUUUGCCUUUUGCUAAAACCGAUUCAAUUAGAACAGCUUUAGAAUAAGAAAAACAAUAAAACAAUAUAUUCUUAAGAUAGGCCAUAACAGAUUACAAUCAGACAAUAAGCGAAUACUUUGAAGGAUGUGCUUAGCAAGAGUAGAUAGUGAUUCAAUUAGAUAAAUAAAGAAGAGCUGUAUUCAAUGAUAUUCAAAUGAAGUUGUAAGUCUUUCAUAUCUCAACCAUCAAAAAUGUAGAAUAUGCACUCAAAAAAAUGAAUUAAGUAAAUAUGUAUAAAAAAAUAGAAAAUAGAAGCUCAAGAAAUAUCAAAACCUAUUUUUAUGUUUAAAAUAGAAGAUUAGACAAGACCAGUGUUGAAUAAAUUUAAUAUUAAUGAUUACAUUAUGUAAACAGAAAUGGAAAUUAGGAAUUAAUAACCAUCUUUAAAUUUGAAAUCAAAAUAGGCUACAUAAGGUAAUAUGAUAUCUAAUUUAAGAGAUAAAGUCAUUGUGGUCCUCAAUCAAGAGAACUAUAAAUCGUGAUAGCUCUUAUGAUUCAGUUUUUAAUUCAUUGAGUUAAUCAAAUUUCGUAGUUAAUGAUCAAUUGUUUGCAAAGUUGGCAGGCUCAAAUGAAGAACUUGAUUAAUUUUUAGAUUCAUUAAGAGAAUCUAAGUUACCAAUGGAUGCAAAAUCAUAAUUGAUAAAGCUAAACAUUUAUAUGCAGAACCUCCAUAAAUUAUUAGUUGAUUUAAUUCAUUAUGUAAUUGAUUUUAAGAGAAUUAGUUAUAUCAUCGGAAUCUAACUGAGUAAACCAUAAAGUUAAUUAAGUAAACAUUACAAAAGUACCAUACAUUCCCAGUUCAGGAUGAUUUAAAAGAUCAAAUUACGUUAUAUUAUGAUAACAUACUGAAACAACCUUGUUUGAUGGAUGUUGAAUUUUGGAAGAGACACUUUAUUAUAAAGCUGCAUGAACAAUAAUAGGUGGAUUCAUAAAAUGAAGUAAAGAAACAUGAAAUUAUUGCCGAAAUUAAAUUUUAAUCUUCAAAACUCCUAUAACACAGUAUCAAUCCAAGUGUCAUCAUACAAGCAGUUUAGAAACUAGAAUUAGAACAAGAUGAGAUCGAUCAAAUAAUAAAUCAUAUCAAAAUGAAGGUUGAUGAGAAGUGAGAA